UAUGCGAGAGCUAUGUAAAGAGGACAACCGGUUUAGCUCUGUUAUGAAAUGCGAAGGGAGGGCCUUGGUUAGUGUGUGUUGAAACGAAAGAAAAAAAAUGGAGAGCAAGUUCUUUUCCUACUGACAAACCAGGAAGCUUUCGGACCUUGCAGCCAUGGUAGAACUUUUUCGGACAGAAAGACAUCAGCGUCAGCAGUGAGGCUGAGAGGCCUAAGUCUUUUCUCCGCUCACAUCUUUGGAGUGUACUCGACACGAAAACUAUUUCCGCGUAGCUUAGAAGUGGAUUCACGCUUCCGACAUUACGUACCGAGAUCAGAAGGGUCCCAUGGUUUGGUUGUGGUGUGCUCUCUGCCAUGCCUCCUGCCAUGACGGAUCAGCUGGAUGUGUGGGCAGACCCGGUACUGGAUGGAAACAGUCAGGUGGCUGUGGAUUUCCUGUUGCCCACUGGAAUCUACAUUCAGAUGGAUGUUCCCAGAGAGAGCACCAUUCAACAAAUCAAGCAGAUGCUAUGGAAGCAGGCACAGGUUUAUCCUCUUUUCUCCCUACUUGGGGAAAUGGAUGGUCACAUAUUCGAGUGUGUGAACCAAGCUGCAGUUCAUGAGGAGCUGGAGGAUGAAAGCAGACGUUUGUGUGAUGUUCGACCAUUUUUGCCUGUACUCAGGCUCAUUACUCGCAACUGUGGCCGUGCUGAACGCCUGCUUGACUCCAAGAUUGGGGUGCUUAUUGGAAAAGGGCUUCAUGAACUGGAUGCUUUGCAGGACCAGGAAGUAAAAGAUUUUCGUAGCAAAAUGCAGCGAAUUAGUGAAGAGAAAAUGCAGUCAGUGCACAUGAUGUCAUGGGCAGAAUGGCUUCAGAGCUGCUUCUCUCCCCAACUAGAGGUGGGACCAGUUGAUGCGUUAUGUGAUAGGAACGAGGGCUUUAUCAAGAUCACCAUGCACUACAACCAAUCACAGGACACAACAAGCUUAAAAGUGCCUUUGAGCUGUACUGUACCUGAAUUAAUGAACCAAGCACUCAGAAAAUGGCUGACUACUCAUGGUUUGGGAGAAGAUGAAGACCGUGUUGGUAACUAUGUACUCAGAGUCAGUGACAAGCUGGAGUUCUUGUUUGGAGACCACCCACUUGUAUCUUACAGAUAUAUUAGAUCAUGCAUACUGUCACAGGAAAAUCCACAUCUGACAUUAGUGCAUUGUGAUAUGGUGAAGACCAUGUUUGAACAUGAGAUCAGCAGUAUUGAAGCUGUACUCGCACGAAAGUCAUCAAAUCCCCCUUUACCCCUGCCCCCUAAAAGGAGAGGACCAUCAACGUUGCAUAUGAGCAUUUGGGACAUCCAGUCUCUCUUUAAAAUCACUUUAGUAAAGGGCAUUAAGGUCAAUGCAGAAGAGACAGCAAAGGUGCAAGUUCGUGCAGGCUUAUUCCAUGGUACAGAGCUCCUAUGUAAGCCAGCUGUCAGUAAUGAGACCAGUGGUCGCUCUGAGCACAUCUGGAACAAGACACUCGAGUUUGAUAUUUCUGCUUGUGACCUGCCACGCAUGGCUCGCCUCUGUUUUGCCAUCUAUGCUGUCAUGGACAAAGUAAAAAAGCAAAAAUCAACCAAGAACAUGCAAAUGAACAAAUAUCAGACGAUUCGAAAAGCAGGAAAAGUGCAUUACCCAAUAGCAUGGGUGAACAUGAUGGUGUUUGACUACAGAGGACAGCUUAAAACUGGUGAUAUCAUCUUGCAUACCUGGUCCUCCUUUCCGGAUGAGCUGGAGGAGAUGUUAAACCCUAUUGGAACGGUCCAGACAAAUCCUUACACCGAGAAUGCAACAGCAUUACAUAUUCGCCUUCCAGAAUUCACAGCCCAUCCCCCCUCAUUUCCUCCAUUUGACAAGAUCCUGGAGAAAGCUGCUGAUAUCGCUGGAUCCAGUGACUCUAUGUCAAUGGGACGAGGAGGGAAAAAGUUCUACACCGAGUUGAAAGAGAUCAUGGAAAGGGACCCACUGUCACAACUCUGUGAAAAUGAAAAGGAUCUGAUUUGGACACUACGCUAUGACUGCAGAGAGAAUUUUCCACAGUCCCUCCCUAAACUGCUACUGUCUGUCAAAUGGAACAAACAUGAAGACAUGGCACAGUUGCAGGCAUUGUUGCAGAUUUGGCCUAAAAUAAAUCCUCGAGAUGCUUUAGAACUGCUGGAUUUUAACUAUCCGGAUCAGUAUGUCCGAGAGUACGCAGUCAGGUGUCUGCAAGAUAUGAGUGAUGAAGAGCUGCUGCAGUAUUUGCUGCAGCUAGUGCAGGUGUUGCGCUAUGAACCAUAUUAUGACUGUGCCCUUACCCAGUUUUUACUGCAGCGUGCUCAGGGUAAUCGUAAAAUUGGACAUUUCCUCUUCUGGCAUCUCAGGUCAGAGAUCCACAUGCCAGCAGUAUCUGUGCAGUUUGCCCUGAUACUGGAGGCAUACUGCAGAGGCAGCAUCCCCCACAUUGAAGUGCUUAAAAAACAGGUCGAGGCUCUCAGUAAGCUAAAAACUGUGAAUGAGUUGAUCAAACUGGGCACAAUUAAAGCAAAGAAUAAAACGAAGGAGGCUCAGCUGAGGGACGCCAUGAUGAAGUGCCUUAGACAGACGGGUUUCAUUGAGAUUCUCUCAGACCUUCACUCACCACUGAACCCCCAGAUUUUGCUUGCUGAUGUCAAUGUGGAGAAGUGCAGGUACAUGGACUCUAAAAUGAAGCCCCUGUGGAUUGUUUACCAUAACAAGCUGCUGGUAGGAGACACGCUGGGAAUCAUCUUCAAGAAUGGAGAUGAUCUCAGACAGGACAUGCUGACUUUGCAGAUCCUAAGGUUAAUGGAUAUGCUGUGGAAGGAAGCAAACCUUGACCUCAGAAUUGUGCCUUAUGGUUGCCUGGCAACAGGAGAUCGCACAGGGCUGAUCGAAGUUGUAUCCUCGGCUGACACCAUCGCCAACAUUCAAAAAAAUAGCAGCAAUAUGGCAGCAGCUGCAGCCUUCAACAAAGAUGCUCUGCUCAGCUGGCUCAAGGACAAAAACCCUGGUGAGGCUCUGGAGAAAGCCAUCGAGGAGUUCACACUGUCAUGUGCUGGUUAUUGCGUCGCCACCUAUGUUCUGGGCAUCGGUGAUCGUCAUAGUGACAAUAUCAUGGUCCGAAGCACAGGGCAGCUCUUUCAUAUAGACUUUGGUCAUAUCUUGGGGAACUUUAAAUCAAAGUUUGGAAUCAAGAGAGAGCGUGUUCCAUUCAUUCUCACGCAUGACUUUAUUCACGUCAUUCAGCAGGGCAAAACUGGUAACACUGAGAAAUUUGGCAGUUUUAGGCAGUACUGUGAGGAUGCUUAUCUGAUUCUGAGAAGGAAUGGAAAUCUGUUCAUCACACUCUUUGCCCUGAUGCUGACUUCCGGGUUACCAGAACUCACCUCGGUCAAAGACAUUCAGUACUUAAAGGACUCUCUUGCGCUAGGUAAAACUGAUGAAGAGGCACUGAAACAGUUCCGGCAGAAGUUUGAUGAAGCUCUUAGAGAGAGCUGGACCACUAAAGUUAACUGGAUGGCCCACAAUGUUGCUCACCCCUCCUAACACCCCUGUCCCAACAAGGAUGUUUUAGGAGAAGGCUCGAACACAAGGAUAAACCAAUAUACGCUAUGUCUUAUAAAAAGUUGUGAAGACCAUUAGAUGGUUAAAUGCAACUUUUUCAAUGCAGUAAGCACAAAAAAGCUGCUGAUCUUAAGGAUUUUCAGAUUUUUGAAAACAAGUGACAUGAAUGGAGAUUUAAAAGGAGACAGAUGAUGAACUGUUGGCUCAUUGCCCCACCCAAAAAAAACCCCCACACCUAUCUUCCACAUUUCAAAAUAUUUUCCCCACAGUGAGAAGACCUGUGACACAGAAAGGACCAAUGUGCGGUAUCACCAUGUUUUUGAUUUACUACUGAAUGGAUCUUUUUUUUUUUUUUUAUUGCCAUUCCAUCAUCUUGCACCUAAAAUAACUUUAUAAUCUGUGAUGGUGUCCUAGGACCAGGGAUUGUAAAAAGGCACACAGAGUAAAACUAUACUUGGUCUGUUCAUGGAACUGGAAACGGAACUGAUCACUCAGAAGGCAUGUAGAGUCAAACUGUUAUUGAAGAAAUUGUUGUAAAUUAUUUUGUCAUUCCAACUUAAAGCUAGAACUUACUAUUAAAAAGCAGCACAUCUUGCUGCCUGCAAGCUAAAACAGAGAAGCCCCUGCAGUUUGGCAUCUAACCAGUUACAAAAUAAGUUUUCACCUGUCACUAUUUUACUUUCAUACCUUCUUGGACCUCAGACUCAUUUGGGUAACAUAUAUACAUAGUUGAAAAUAAAAUAGGCAGCAUAGUUCACUUAUUGUUUCUUAGACAAAACCAUGAAUUUUGAGACAGGCAUUACUUAUUUGGAACAAGCAAACAUAGCAAGAUGGCUUUCCCUGAAUGGUUCAUACUGCCAAAAGGGUUAUUUUUUUAAAGCAUUAAUGCUAUUUACUAUUUUCAGAUUUACAAUUAUCCAACAUAAAAAUGAGAUCUGAAUGCUGGAGUAAGAAUUAAUUUACAUUUUAGGGUAAGAUCAAUAUUUCAGGGAUUGUUACAUUCAAUAGAGUUUCUCUGCGUUUAAGAAAGAUGCAUGUUGGAGCACAGACUCGCCAAAUGCCAAAUGGGAUCUACUGUGCCUUAUGUGAUGGAAAUUCUGCUGUUCCCAUGAGACUACUUAAAGCAAGAGGUUUCUAAACACUGGAAUUUAUUUGACUGUAAUUAUUUAAGAGUUGCUACAUGUUUAUAUUUAUUUUCAUCUCCUGGAAAGUGUAGACUACUACUAAUAGACUGUAUCUGAGACUAGUGAGUUUUUUUCACACAAGCAUUCGCCAAGCAAAUACUUUGUAAUGCGACAGUAUAUCAGAGCUAAGAAAUAAUCGGUUCCCACUAUUUGGUAUAAAGGAACUCAUCGUAACUUUAUAACUUGCCUAUAACAAAAGUUGUAACAAAGCACUAAAACAGGCUUUUUGUGAUCUUGGAUGUGUUUUACAUAAAUUAGGUGUUGACUACAAUCAUGGUAAUAUCGAAAUUCCUAUAAAGCUUAAACACCAUUUCAGUGAGUGCCUGGGCCCAUAAACAUUUCAUUAAUUUUCUAAUGCAAAACUAUAUUUACACUGAAAUUUAGAGGACGAUUAUGUAUCUGUUUCUAAUAUACUUUUAUCCAAAUGUUGUAAAACCUACCUGAGAAAAUGCAUUUUGUUUUUACUGUAGCAAAGUUUUUUUUUUUAUAUAUAUAUAUAUAAAAACAGCCUUAAACACCGAUAUCUAUACCAUACCAGUGGAUGUUUUAUAUUAUUGACAACCUGCUGUGUAUCUCUAAUGCUGCUUAAAUUAUCCUUAGAGAAACAAAGUUCUGAACACAGAGAAAAAGAAAUUUGAAUUAUAAGUAUCCAUAUACAUACACUGCCUGAGAGCAUAUUGGUGCAAUAUAAUGAAUCCUGUUAUGUGCAAAUUUUGGCUAAUGUAUGUGCACUACUGCUGCUCUAUGGUGUUACGCUAGCCUUCAAUUUUCUCACACACUGAAACUGUUUCUCUGAUUCUGCCUUGUUCUUACUGAUGUUGUCAUAGGAACAUUAUUAAAGUUUGGUAUGGCAUUAA